GCUCUUGGUGUCCUUCUGCAGCCGGCGCUCGGCGCUGGCCGCGGCGCGCAGCCAUGGGCAUCUCGGCGCCGCAGUAGCCCGAGCAACAGCAGGCAGGGGAGGGCCGGAGGAGAGACCCGCCGCCUCCCACCAUGGAGGUGGGCAAGAUGACCGUCAGCAUCAACAAGGCCAUUAAUGCUCAGGAAGUUGCCGUCAAAGAGAAACACGCCAGAACAUGCAUCCUGGGAACGCACCACGAAAAAGGAGCCCACACCUUCUGGUCCGUCGUGAACCGCCUGCCCCUGUCCAGCAAUGCCGUCCUCUGCUGGAAGUUUUGUCACGUCUUCCACAAGCUCCUUCGUGAUGGACAUUCAAAUGUCUUGAAGGAUUCCGUGAGGUACAAGAGUGAACUCAGCGACAUGAGCCGCAUGUGGGGCCACCUGAGCGAGGGCUACGGACAGCUGUGCAGCAUCUACCUCAAACUGCUGAGAACCAAGAUGGAGUUCCACACAAAAAAUCCCCGGUUCCCUGGAAACCUCCAGAUGUCGGACAGGCAGCUUGACGAGACGGGCGAGAACGACGUGAAUAACUUUUUCCAGCUCACUGUGGAGAUGUUUGAUUAUCUGGAGUGCGAACUGAACCUCUUCCAGACAGUGUUCAGUUCUUUGGACAUGUCUCGCUCUGUGUCGGUCACGGCUGCGGGCCAGUGCCGCUUGGCUCCGCUGAUUCAGGUCAUUCUAGACUGCAGCCACCUCUACGACUACACCGUUAAACUCCUCUUCAAGCUCCACUCCUGUCUCCCAGCUGACACACUGCAAGGCCACAGGGACCGUUUCCUGGAGCAGUUCAAGAAGCUGAAGGAUCUUUUCUACCGCUCCAGCAACUUGCAGUAUUUCAAGCGGCUGAUACAGAUCCCGCAGCUGCCUGAGAAUCCCCCCAACUUCCUGCGGGCCUCAGCGCUCUCCGAGCACAUCAGCCCUGUUGUCGUCAUCCCCGUGGAAGCCUCGUCCCCUGACAGCGAGCCCAUCAUGGAUCUUGUGGAGAUGGAGACCUCUUCACAGCAGAGCCUCGCUGAGAAUAAAUUUGAUGAUAUCUUUGGCAGUUCGUUCAGCAACGAUCCGUUCAACUUCAACAGCCAGAAUGGGAUGACGAGGGAUGACAAGGACCGCCUCAUUGAGCAGCUGCACAGGGAGAUCGGCCUCCUCAAGGAUGAGCUGAAGAACUUCAAGGCGGAGAGCCGCCGCCUGACGACGCAGCUGAAGGGCCGGGUGAGCGAGCUGGAGGCGGAGCUGGCGGAGCAGCAGCACCUGAAGCAGCAGGCGCUGGACGAGGGGGACUUCCUGCGCACGGAGCUGGACGAGCUGAAGAAGCGGCACGAGGACACGGAGAAAGCCCAGCGCAGCCUCACCGAGUGCGAGAGGAAAGCACAAGCGACGGAGCAGCGCUACACAAAGCUCAAGGAAAAGUACAGCGAGCUGGUUCAGAGCCACGCAGACCUGCUGCGCAAGAACGCGGAAGUCACCAAGCAGGUGUCGGUGGCCAGGCAGGUCCAAGGUGACGCGGAGCGGGACAAGAAAGAGCUGGAGGACUCCUUCCAGCGGCUGAGCGAGCAGGCCCAGCGGAAGACCCAGGAGCAGACGGAGGUCUUGGCGACGCUGAGGCGGGACCUCGCUGCCAGCAAACAGGAAGUCCAGGCCCUCCGGAGCACCGCGGAGUCCAGCGCCCAGUCUGAAGCCAAGUGCAGCGCCCACCUGGCUGGGCUUCAGCAGGAGACGGCUGCCCUGACCCAGACUGUGGCCCAGCGUGACCAGCAGGUGGCAGCCUUGCAAGCUGAAGUCCAGCAGCUGAAGGCCACCCUGCAGGAAGAGCAGGAGAGCGGCAGCACUAGGGUGCUGGAGCUGGAGCGCCGCCUGAGCGAGAAGACGAGCACCACGCAGGCCCUCCAGCAGCAGCUCCUGGACGAGCAGUUUGCCCUGCUGCAGUGUGCCGUGAGGGAGGCCGAGCAGAUGGUCCAGGACGCGCUGAGUCGCCUGGAAGACCCCGCUCACACCAGCUGCACGAGCUCUGCAGAUUACCUUCUGUCCAGGACGCUGGCAGCUUCCGAGUGCACGGAGCAGCUACAGGAGGCGCGCAGCCAGUAUCUUUCCAACCGGUCAGAUGCGAGCAGCUUGUUGCCGUGCGUGGCGCGCUUUGCCCACCUGAUGGGCGAUACCAUCCUACAGGCAAGCGCCACGUCCCACGCGGCCCCCAUGGAGUCCGCAGAUUUGCUGCUGGAGGCCUGCAGGCACUGUGGGAGCGAGACCCUGGGCUACCUGGGGGCCCUGAAGGACAAAGCCGCUUUAGAAAGCGCGGACUGCGCGGCUGUCAGGAACUGCCUCCGCCGGAUCGCGGCCAUUGGAGAGGACCUGCGGCCCAAAGGCCUGGACGUUGAACAGGAGGCCCUGGGGGACCUGGUGGACAAGGAGAUGGCAGCCACGGCCACGGCCAUCAAGACGGCAGUGGCCAGGAUUGAGGAGAUGCUGAGCAAGUCACGGGCGGGGGACACCGGAGUCAAGCUGGAGGUCAACGAGAGGAUCCUGGGCUCCUGCACGGGCUUAAUGCAGGCCAUCCAGGUGCUGGUCGAGGCUUCCAAGCACCUCCAGCGAGAGAUUGUGGAGAGCGGAAGGGGCGCCGCGUCCCCCAAGGAGUUCUAUGCCAGGAAUUCCCGCUGGACGGAGGGGCUGAUUUCGGCCUCCAAGGCGGUAGGCUGGGGAGCCACAGUGAUGGUAGACGCUGCUGACCUCGUAGUUCAAGGCAAAGGGAAGUUUGAGGAGCUCAUGGUCUGCUCGCACGAAAUCGCAGCAAGCACAGCUCAGCUUGUUGCUGCGUCGAAGGUGAAAGCGGAUAAAGACAGUGCAAAUCUCGGCAAGCUCCAGGUAGCCUCUCGCGGAGUCAAUCAAGCGACGGCCAGGCUGGUGGCCUCCACCAAGUCAGGGAGGUCGCAAAUUCAGGAGAAAGACAGCAUGGACUUCUCUGCCAUCACGCUAACGCAGAUCAAGCGCCAAGAGAUGGACUCUCAGGUGCGCGUGCUGGAGCUGGAGAGCCAGCUGCAGAAGGAGCGCCAACGCCUGGGCGCUUUGCGCAAGAAGCACUACGAGCUGGCAGGCGUGGCCGAGGGCUGGGAGGCGGAGGGCGAGGAGAACGGUGCAGAUCUAGCUCCCUGAGGAGGCAGCCAGAGAAGAGGCUCCUUCUGGACAUGAAUGGUGAUGAACUGGUUUGGGACGUGCCACGACGCCUGUGCUCACUGAGAAGACAUUCCUCUUUGGGGCUGGCCAGGCCAGGGACGGGGCUUCCGCUGGCCGAGAAGGGAGCAGCGAAGGGAGAGGAAGGGGCCUCCCAGCAGCAGCAGCAGCAGCCACAGCCGUAGCCACGUUGCCUCGCCACAGCCACCCACUCUGCCCUCCUGUGUGGGGUUUGAGCUUCGUGGCCUCUCUGCCGAGUCGGAUUCCCUCUCUUCCCCCUGCCCCGAUUGCUUCGCUCCUGACACAGCCUCUUGACCAGCCCAGGAACAGCGGUGGGGCUCUCUCUCGGCUCCUUCUGCUUCUCGUUGCCCACCACUCCUUGCUGUCCAAGCCAAGAUGGUGGCAGGAGAGCCUGAGCCUGCGAGGGCCGGGGUGGUGGGUAGGGUUGGAGGGCCUUUGCUGCCCACAGGCGGAGGCACCUGUCUCUCUGGGGGGACAUCUCCAGGCCACGCAGGAGGUGGGCGGAGGUGACCAGCUCCUAGGCGCUGCGGCCAUCUCCUUGAAGGCUGUUCCGUGUCAGGCAGGAAGCGCUACGUGGCCUAGCAGCCCCUGCUUCUGCCGCCUGCUCCAGCAAAGCAGGCCCUUUUCCGCUGCUUCCGAGUCCUUCACUGUGCGUUGAGCCAGCAAUAAACAGCUGAGAAUCCAGGCGCGGGAGGAGGCGGCCCGGGAGAGGCAGGGCUGGUGAUGGGCCCACGCAGCCGCCUUUGCGCUUGCCCGUUCACCACCAGGCCCCCCUUCGGGGGUCAAAAUGGCCAGCGCCACUGGGCCGCUGAGCCAGUCUCUGGGGACCUGGGCUUCCCUUCCCCACCGCCACUGCCUUCUGCGUCAGCUGCCUCAGGCGCCUCCCAAUCACUGUGAGCCGGUCAGUCAAGAGGAAGAGAAUGCGCCCCAAGGAAGGAGGCGGCUCAUCGCUGCUGGUGCUCAAGCAGGGGGUGCCGUUUCCCCAGCCUUGCACUACUGAGGGGGAGCCUCGCGCCAAGCUCCGGCCACCAGCGUCAGGCAGGAUGCUUUACCAAAGGGAGCCCCGGUUGUUCGGCGUCAGCUUCAUCCAAAGCCAGGCUGAUGGCUGCCGGACACGGAGCGUCUUUUCUAACUCCCGCUGUACCUUUGCUGGCUAAGUGCUUUCACCAGCCAGACAGCAGGGGCAGCCUCUGGGCAGUGAGCCCCGUGAUCCGGCUCGAUGUGGGCACACGCGCACGACCCCAGCUGCAAACCUAGCAAGGGAACGAUCCGGGGGGUGUCUGCACCCCGUCCCAGAGGGGGUGAUGUCGUGGGCCUCUGCUGCCUCGCCUGGGGCGUGCGUCUGGCUCUGACAGGCAGGCCGGACUGGCUUGGGCGGGGGCCUUCAGGUGAUGGCUCGCACAAGGGUGCCAUGGGGAACGUGCCCUCCGCGGCCUGAAAGGGCAUCCCAUGGUGCUGCUGCCUAGAUGUCCAGGGGCGUACUGGGCCCAGCGCCUGCUCUUUGAGGGAGGGGGCAGUCACUGGGCCGCUGCCUUCGAGAAAGCAGGGAAGCAGCCCGUGGUUCUGGCUUGUUCCCUCGGGGAGGGGGCGCCCCGAAUCCUUGCUCCCAAGUGACUCGAGCUGAGCCUGCCUGCCGCCCACUGCCACCCGGGCAGAGGAGUGGCUGGGCAGAAGACCCAGGGGCUCUCCUCCUCCUCCCCCCUCCCCGCGAGGGUCUUUCCUGCCCUGCCAGUUCUCCCUCCACAAAGCGUUGCUUAGACCAACAGCCUACCCAACUGGUGCCUGUUACGCCCCAGGCCUUCUUGCCACCUGGCUGGCAGCCCAAGAACCAAAUAGCCCUCCUCUUCCCACCGCCAGCCUGAAUGAGGCCCCUCAGCUGCCUGCCUCUCUCUCUCUUUCUCUCUCUCGGAAGCAACGGGAAGAUCCCUGUUGCCACAGCACACGAGGAGGAGGAGGAGGAGUGUCCCGUGGCGCUGCAACGCCCCUGGUCAUCAGCCUUCCAGGGACAACCCUUCAGCACCCCCAAACUACCUCAGGUUUGCAGGCUGAUGGGCCACACGGGUUGGGGACAAACAGGAAGAAGACCAGGACAGGAGACUUGCAGAAAGGCCCUUUCAUUCUGCCAGGAAAGCGACUUCCCAAGCGCUCGCCUUUUCUCUUUUUUUACUUUCCCCAAGUGGCUGUGGGGGGACGGGGGACGCACAACGUUCCAUUAGAGCAGCUCCCCAUAAGUGGUGGUGGUGGGGAAAUGCCUACAGGCCUGGGUCCUGUCCCCCCACCCACCCCAUCGGUCCAGGCAGCCAGGUCUUCCCCCCCCCCCCAGUGAAACUUUUAAUUAUUGUAUUCGAUACAGUUUUUUCCUUUGUAUAAAGUUGAAUGUGUGUUUUCAAUUUUUAAAUAAAUAUUUCAACCCAG